CUUGCUCCGAGCUGACGCCCAGGCUCGGCGGGGGAUUGGCUGCUCCAGGGCUGGGGAGUUCUUUCUCCGGGGAGCCGCGGCUGUGGCAGAGGUGGCUCUCCUCGCGCAGCCAGGUACGUAGGUCGGCAGUCCGGCUCGCGUUGCGGUGGGAGCAGGCGGGCGGGCCAUCAGUACCAGCGUGCCGCUGGGACCCGAACCCCCAGAUCCACUGAGGGCUUGUCGUAGUACGAAGCGGUCACAUCUGAGCUCCGGGAGCCGACCUGUGCUGGUAUGUCGCCGUGUGACCUCUACCAGGAUCCCCCGCCCAAGCUGUCCUGUGUGUGAAGGCCGCCCGGUCUUUGUGAACACCGACGCGGCAAGAAGCCCAAAGCUGCGCCCGCCUUUCGUUGGGGUGGGCGUAUCUUAGCUUGCCCCAUCCGGAUUUGAGGUCUGCCGGCGCUGCCCUUUAGCGUGAGCACCCAGGAUGGGCACCCCAGCCUCUGUGGUGAGCGAGCCGUCCCCCUGGCAGGCCCCAGCUGAAGCCCGGAGCCGCAAGCAGGCCUUAGCCAACAUCUUCCAGGACGCUGAGCUACUGCAGAUCCAGGGCCUGUUUCAGCACAGUGGGGACCAGAUGGCUGAGGAACGGGCACAGAUCAUCUGGGAGUGUGCAGGGGACCACCGUGUGGCAGAGGCCUUAAGGAGGCUGCGUAGGAAGAGGCCUCCACGGCAGAAACCCCUGGGCCACUCACUACACCACUGCAGCCGCCGCAGAAUCCACGAGCACUGCUCUCCACUGGCUGACCCACAGAGCAUUGUCACAGAGACGGCUUCCAGGGAUCAGUAUCUGAACUCUAGGAGGACAAGUGCCAGGAUCCGCCGGAACUGGAGAAAGCCAGGUCCUACAAGUUAUCUGCAUCAAAUCAGACACUGAUCCAAGGAAAGGGCUGGGAACAGCAGUAUCUUACCCAGGAAUCAUAAGGACUUUUGCCAAAGGGCUGAGGGAAGUGAAGCGGGCAGAGAGCCUUGAGGCAGGCAGCCCCAUCUGGGUAAAUUAAAGACCGCUGCCACGGGCCUACUCCUUUGAGAACAGGACUGGAGGUGUCCACUGCGUGCUGUUAUGUGGGACCCAUUCCUCACCACACUGAGGAGAAACAGUGACCAUUUCUGCCUCAGCCCUUCCCCAUCUAACACUAAACCUGGGCUGCAUGAUAUUCCCCAAGUGAUGGGCACUCAGACAGAGCAUCUGACCACUCCUGCAACUAACCCUCCUGCUACUACUGUGACCUGUGGUCGAGCAGUGUGUCCCACACCCCUGUCAGGCCAGCACAAGCAGCCUGUGGUUUGAGUGGCAAAAUAAAAAUAUUUGCCUCAGUAA